UUGAUUGUACAAUUAUGUAAACAAACAUUAUGGCGCUGUUAUACAAAUAUGUUGUGCAAACAAACACAACCCAAACAUUGUUAAUACCGUUUUGAAUGAAACAAUGAUAGAGAACUUAUGAUAAAAGUGUUGUAACAUUUUGAUAAACACAUUUUACUUACAUACAUACGAAUAUCGAACUGUCACCGAUCCCUUUCGUCACUUUCGCUGUCAAUCAACUGGCUGAAACUUCCUGUCACCAUGGAAAGGGUUGUGGCUCUGGUGGACAUGGAUUGUUUCUACGUGCAGGUUGAACAGAGACUUAAUCCCGCAUUGAAGGGGACGCCAUGUGCAGUAGUGCAGUAUAACCCAUGGAAGGGAGGCGGGAUUAUUGCAGUGAGUUAUGAGGCACGAGCCCAUGGCGUUACCCGUCAGAUGAGAGGCGACGAUGCCAGGGCUAAAUGUCCACAGAUCAACCUGGUCAGGGUCCCUCAGGUGCGAGGAAAGGCAGAUCUUACCAAAUACCGUGAGGGAGGGGCGGAAGUUAUAGAGGUUCUGUCUCGGUUCAGUGACUGUGUAGAGCGUGCUAGCGUGGAUGAGGCGUACAUUGACCUUACUGUAGAGGUGGAGACCAGACUUGCAGCACUGGGCGGGGCCAAGGUCACAGAGGCAAGUCUGCCAAACACCCAUGUUGCGGGACAUGACAGAGAGAAAGAUGGCAAGACUCUGAGCGAUUGGUUGGAGACAACAUUUAAUGAAGCAACGCUGGAAAUGCAUGAUCGUCGACUGGCUGUGGGAGCGGUGAUAGCGGAGGAAAUGAGACAGGCUGUGUAUGAGGACACUGGGUUCAGGUGCUCCGCUGGAAUUGCUCACAACAAGAUGUUGGCCAAGCUUGCCUGCGGGUUCCACAAGCCCAACAAGCAGACGAUACUGCCUCAUUCACAAGUGCCCCAGCUCUUCAAAAGUCUUCCCAUCAGAAAAAUUCGCAACCUUGGAGGCAAGAUGGGCACCCUAGUAUCGGAGCACCUGCGUGUAGAAAACAUGGCCGACCUGCUUGUCUUCUCUGAGCGCGCACUGCAGCAACUACUGGGCGAGAAAAAUGGGAGUUGGUUGUACAGUGUGUGUCGAGGGUUUGAUAGCGAGCCAGUGUCAGCUAGGCAGCUCCCCAAGUCUAUAGGCUGCAGCAAGAACUUCACUGGCAAGAACUGCCUCAACACACGAGACAAGGUGAAGUUCUGGUUGUCAGAGCUGGCUAAAGAGGUGGAGGAAAGGCUCAUCAAAGACAAACACAAUAACAAGAGAACUGCCAAGUCUCUGACCCUGUCCGUGCGUUAUGACAGCCAGCCCAGCCCAGUGUCAGCCUCUCGCGUGUGUGCCCUCGGCAAGUAUGACGGCAAGAAAAUGGCCGAGGACGCUUUCUCUCUGGUUCAGCAGUUUAACACCGCUACAUCUGACCAGGCAGCUUGGUAUCCGCCAAUCAUUUGCCUGGGGCUGUCUGCAGGAAAGUUCCUGGAUGACAGUUCCUGCGGGUCCAAGAGUAUCGGGGAAAUGUUUGCCAAGUCUGACAGGGCAGCUGGUGUGUCCUUCACACAGACUGGUUCUCAGGGGACUGACACAGAGGAUGUGUAUGGGGAAGAAAUAAUGAUGACGCAGUCCAGUCAGAAAUUAAUAGAAAAUUGUUCUGGUUCCCAGUUAAAGAAAAGUAAGCCAUCCAUUUUGUCGUUUUUCAAAUCAAAAGAGACUGAGGCUCAAAACAUACCCAAACUUGGGAAUGUAAGGGAUUUUAAACAAAACAUUUUUGUAAAUGAAAGAAACCAGACACAAGUGGUGGAGAGUUCAUCUGAAUCAGGCAGUGAUGAUGGUUUUACGCAGAGCAAUUUAUCAGAAGGGUAUAUUGGUUCAGAUUCUAAACAAAAACUCCACCUCCCAGACGAUCCUGUAAGUGUUACUUUUGAGUCAGGAAAUUGGCGAAAAAUUGAAACAAUUAGUAGUAAAACUGAUGUGUCUUCUUUUUUUAAAAGAACAAUAACUCCAUUGACUACAAACACAGAUUGUAGUCCUAAAAAUGUACAUUUAAAAAGAGGCCUUGCAACAGAAUCCUUUGAAAGUAAAGACAUCAAAAAUAAAUCUGAACUGGACAGCUCUAGCGCAGAAAUAACAUCCUUUUUCAAAAGAAAACUAUUAGGUUUACCACACACUGUACAGUCAAAGACAGUAACUUCUAAAAAGGUUCAUGACAAAUCAAGAUAUGCAAGUAAUAUACCAUCAGUGCAAGAGGAUUGUAACAGAGGUUGUUUUGUACAAGAAAAUAAAACAGACUGUGUUGAAGCUGCAGAAGGAAAUGGUUUAGGCAGGGAUGCUGGCAAGCUAGAAUUGAACUCCUUUUCUCAAAAUGCAGUGAUAUCAAAAGAAGAAAACUCCGAAUCUGAAACUGUUCAAGUACAUUCUGAAGAAUUAAACUCAGUUUAUGAAAAUCAUGUGAUACCGAACACAGCAUUAGACUCUGGUCUUGAAACUGAAAUGUCAAAACAGGCCUUAAACUGUGACCGUUUAAAUGUGAUACCAGUCAAAGAAUUCCAAUCGGGUUCUGAAAAUGUUGUGAUAUCGCUGGAGGAUUAUUUGGAGUGUGAAAAAUGUCAUAAAAUGAUGACAGUUUGGGAGAUGCCCGAGCACAUGGACUUUCAUUUUGCCUUGCAACUUCAGGAGGAUAUGAAUGUGCCAUUAACGGGUAAUAGUGUUGCCACAACGUCUGUUAAACGUAAGAGCUUACAAGGCAGUCAAAAAUCUAGUAAGAAAAUGAAAGUGUGCUCAUCACAGGGAAAGCUGGACAGCUUCUUUUCAAAGAAUUAGAAGUUAAAGUUUAGUAUAUAUGUAUGUAAAAAAUUUAUUAUUUUAUGUAUUUGAAAUAAUGAAUUCUGAUUUAAUUUGCAACUGUCUUUGUAAGAGUUAAUGCAAAAUAAAGUUGAAUAAAAUAAAUACAUAACAGUUAUGCACCAUUUUAAUACUAAAGUCCAGUUGACUGUAAGCUGAGUUAUGUUGGAUAACUUAUCAAGCAUUGCAAAGAAUAGCUACCAUUUACAUUUUGUACAGGGCUUGCUAUUUUAUUACAUGGGCAAUUCUACUAGAAUUGACAUGAACAUAAUUUGGGAGAUUAAUUAAAUGCAUACAUUAUUACAUUAUUUCUCUCAUAAGUUGUUAAAACAAAACCAGUAAGCAAUCCAGAUUUAAAAAUGAACAAUUUAAAUUAAAAUGUUCCUUUGCUACUUGUGUAAUAAUUUUAGAGAUGUUUUUGGCGUUAUGUGUAUUUAUGUUUUGUAUUGAAUCAAUAAAAUUGUAACACUAUUUUCACCAAUUGUAAAAAGCUAGACAUUUGUUGUUACUGACUAAACAUACAUGGACAAUGCACAUCAAUUUGCCUGUACUUCUUCGUUCAUUAAUUAUUUUGCCAAGGAAUAUUUUAAUGAAAAAAAAAAUGAGUUACGAAGAAACUAACAAACGUUUGUUUGGAGUUUAUUGCCCUCCAUAAUUCACAUGUUAACAUAGUCUACAUGAGAGCAAAGAAAAACUAAAUCAUGAUAUAAAAAAAACAGACAAAGAGUUCUCGCACACACCUUGUGUAUUACUGUAGUCAAUCAGUUCAAUUACCUGGUUCACAGAUUUCUAAAAG